GCGAGUGUGGUAGAGUUCCUAGUUGAGCGUGAGAGGCAAAGUGUUCGGCUCUCUUGUUCCCGACUGGCCCCCAGGCAGAGACUGGGCUCUGCAGGCCGGGAUUCCCCCUCGUCCUGAGCCUGUAGCUCGGGCUAGGUGUUAACUCGGGCCAAGGCAGGACCGGCUGGGGGAAGUCGGGGGCAGGGGAAGCUGACGGCUGAUGGCUCAGUCCUCUAUGCCUCCCAAAUCUGACGUGUUGAGUCAAGAUGAACUGCGAAAAAAGCUAUACCAGACGUUUAAGGAUCGGGGUAUACUGGACACGCUCAAGACACAGCUCCGAAAUCAGCUGAUUCACGAAUUGAUGCACCCUGUGUUGAGUGGAGAACUGCAGCCCCGGUCCAUUUCAGUGGAAGGGAGUGCCCUCUUAAUAGGCGCUUCUAACUCUCUAGUGGCAGAUUACUUACAAAGAUGUGGCUACGAGUAUUCACUCUCUGUUUUCUUUCCGGAAAGUGGUUUGGCCAAAGAAAAGGUAUUUACUAUGCAAGAUCUAUUACAACUCAUUAAAAUCAACCCUGAAUCCAGGCUCUACAAAUCACUGAUUUCAGGAUUUGAUAAAGAAAACAAAGGUUUUCUCAUGCAGUUUUUAAGAGAAUUGGCAGAAUAUCAUCAGUCCAAAGUGAGCUGUGAUAUGGAAACUCAGACAAGUUCAACAUUUCCUAGCAAAGACUCUCUUGCAGAAAAGCUUCAGCUAAUUGAUGAUCAGUUUGCGGAUGCUUACCCUCAGCGUCCCAAGUUAGAAUCUUUAGAAAUAAAGUUAAAUGAAUAUAAGAGAGAAAUAGAACAGCAGCUUCAGGCAGAAAUGUGUCAAAAGUUGAAAUAUUUUAAAGAUACCAAAAUAGCAAAAGUUAAAAUGGAAGAGAAAAGAAAGGCUGAGAAGGAGUUAGCUGAGUUCCGGAACGAAUUGGAGCGAGCUUGUCAAGCAAAAUCUGAAGCCCUCAUUUCUCGGGAAAAGAUGGCUCUUGAGAGAAUUCAAAAGCACCAAGAGGCUCUGGACAAGAAGGCCCUCCUCAUGCAAAGCAUCGUGUCUUUCUUCCACCACCUGGAAUGCCCUUCUCCUUCCGUCCCUGAUGAAACCCUCUUGGCCUUCGAAAUCCAGCUGGAAUGUCACCUCCUUGUGAUGCCUUCCCUGGACUCCUACUGA